AUGAGGACAUACUAUUGCGUAUCACUAUUCAUCUGGACCUAUAUGUUUCAUACAGUUGAUGCUAUUCCAUUAGAAGAAAAAGCUAGUAGGGAUUUGCCAAGCAAAAGGGUUGUGGAUCUGACAAAAGAUGAUAGUAAAAUGUUACAUCGUACUAAGCGUGGCUGGAUGUGGAAUCAGUUCUUCUUGUUGGAAGAGUACACAGGUACAGACACACAGUAUGUUGGCAAGCUUCACACUGACCAAGAUAAAGGAGAUGGAAAUUUAAAAUACAUAUUAACAGGAGAUGGGGCUGGCAGUCUGUUCGUUAUAGAUGAAAAUACAGGAGAUAUUCAUGCUGCAAAGAAAUUAGACAGAGAAGAAAAAUCCCUAUACAUUCUUCGUGCCAAGGCUAUAGACAGAAAGACUGGGCGGCAGGUGGAGCCGGAAUCUGAAUUUAUUAUUAAAAUCCAUGAUAUCAAUGACAAUGAACCAAAAUUCACAAAAGACUUAUACACUGCCAGUGUUCCUGAAAUGUCUGGAGUCGGUACGUCUGUCAUACAAGUGACCGCAACAGAUGCAGAUGAUGCCAACUAUGGAAACAGUGCAAAAGUGGUCUACAGCAUACUGCAAGGACAGCCAUAUUUUUCCGUGGACCCAGAAUCAGGCAUAAUAAAAACUGCACUACCAGACAUGAGCAGAGAAAAUAGAGAACAGUACCAAGUGGUUAUACAAGCCAAAGACAUGGGCGGCCAGAUGGGAGGCCUUUCUGGAACCACCACCGUAAACAUCACUCUGACAGAUGUCAACAACAAUCCUCCACGAUUUCCCCAGAGUACGUAUCAAUUUAAUUCUCCCGAGUCCGUACCUCUUGGAACCCAUGUUGGAAGGAUAAAAGCCGAUGACCCUGAUGUGGGGGAGAAUGCUGAAAUGGAAUACAGCAUUGCUGAAGGAGAUGGAACAGACAUGUUUGAUGUCAUCACUGACAAGGACACACAGGAAGGGAUUAUAACUGUCAAACAGAAUUUAGAUUUUGAAAGCAAAAUGCUGUACACUUUAAGAGUGGAUGCAAGUAACACUCACCCUGAUCCACGAUUUCUACACCUGGGACCUUUCAAAGACACAGCUGUGGUCAAAAUAUCUGUAGAAGAUAUAGAUGAGCCUCCUGUGUUUAGUAAACUUUAUUACUUGAUAGAAGUAGAUGAAGAUGUAAAGGAGGGCAGCAUCAUUGGACAGGUUACAGCAUAUGAUCCAGAUGCUAUGAACAAUUUAAUAAAAUACUCCAUUGAUCGGCAUACUGAUAUGGACCGGAUUUUUAGUAUUCACUCCGAAAAUGGCUCUAUUUUCACUUUGAAACCUCUGGACCGGGAAUCAUCUCCUUGGCACAACAUCACCAUUACAGCCACAGAAAUAAGUGAGUGGGAAAUACAUCCAUCUGAACACCAAAGUGAUAACUCAAAACAAAGUAGCCACAUCCCUGUCUUCAUCAGAAUUCUAGAUAUAAAUGACCAUGCUCCGGAAUUUGCCAUGUACUAUGAAACAUUUGUUUGUGAAAAUGCAAAGCCUGGGCAGCUGAUUCAGACUGUCAGUGUCAUGGACAGAGAUGAUCCUCCCCGAGGCCACAAAUUUUUCUUUGAACCAGUGCCAGAAUUUCCUCUCAAUCCGAACUUCACCAUUGUAGAUAAUAAAGAUAAUACAGCAGGAAUCAUGACUCGAAAAGACGGGUAUAGCCGCAACAAAAUGAGCACCUAUCUACUACCGAUUUUAAUAUUUGACAAUGAUUAUCCAAUUCAAAGCAGCACCGGCACACUCACUAUCCGUGUGUGCGCUUGUGAUAAUCAAGGAAACAUGCAGUCCUGCAAUGCAGAGGCCUUGGUCCUCUCGGCAGGUCUCAGCACAGGGGCUCUGAUCGCCAUCCUUCUCUGCAUCAUCAUACUCCUUGUUUUAGUUGUGCUGUUUGCUGCACUGAAGAGGCAGAGAAAAAAGGAACCUCUGAUAAUUUCAAAAGACGAUGUCCGUGACAACAUUGUGACCUAUAAUGAUGAAGGUGGUGGGGAAGAAGAUACCCAAGCUUUUGACAUUGGCACCUUAAGGAAUCCAGAAGCAAGAGAAGACAGUAAACUUAGAAGAGAUGUAAUGCCUGAAACUAUUUUUCAGAUAAGGAGGACUGUGCCUCUGUGGGAAAAUAUUGAUGUACAAGAUUUUAUCCAUCGAAGAUUGAAAGAAAAUGACUCAGACCCAAGUGCACCACCUUAUGAUUCACUGGCAACAUACGCCUACGAAGGCAAUGAUUCCAUAGCCGAUUCACUCAGUUCUUUGGAGUCUCUCACAGCCGAUUGUAACCAAGAUUAUGAUUACCUCAGCGACUGGGGACCUCGUUUUAAAAAGCUUGCUGAUAUGUAUGGGGGUGAUGACAGUGACAGAGAUUAA